GAACCCAGUGCCGUGCACCGCCAGUGAUGACGGAGAAUGUCUUCUGUUUCAGCCUUAUUUAGUGUCUCCGACAAAACUGGCGUUGUGGAAUUUGCCAGAAGCCUCGCUUCUGUGGGUUUGAAUCUGAUCGCCUCUGGAGGCACUGCAAAAGCUCUCAGGGAUGCUGGUCUGGCCGUCAGAGAUGUCUCUGAGUUGACAGGAUUUCCUGAAAUGUUAGGGGGGCGUGUGAAAACCUUGCAUCCUGCGGUCCAUGCUGGAAUCUUGGCUCGUAAUAUCCCAGAAGAUAAUGCUGACAUGGCCAGACUUGAUUUCAAUCUCAUAAGAGUUGUCGUUUGUAACCUGUAUCCCUUUGUGAAGACAGUGGCUUCUCCAGAUGUAACUGUGGAAGAUGCUGUGGAGCAAAUUGAUAUUGGUGGAGUCACCCUCCUGAGAGCAGCGGCCAAGAACCAUGCCCGAGUGACAGUCGUCUGUGAGCCAGAGGACUACGCAGCCGUGUUCACAGAGAUGCAGAGCACCGACAGUCAAGACACCUCCUUGGAGACAAGGCGCCAGUUAGCCUUGAAGGCUUUCACUCAUACGGCACAAUAUGAUGAAGCAAUUUCUGAUUACUUCCGGAAGCAGUAUGGUAAAGGAAUAUCUCAGUUGCCUUUGAGGUAUGGAAUGAACCCUCAUCAAACUCCUGCCCAGUUGUACACCCUGAAGCCCAAGCUUCCCAUCACAGUUCUCAAUGGAGCCCCUGGAUUUAUAAACUUGUGUGAUGCUUUGAAUGCCUGGCAGCUGGUGAAGGAGCUCAAAGAAGCUUUAGGCAUUCCAGCCGCUGCCUCUUUCAAACACGUCAGCCCAGCAGGUGCUGCUGUUGGAGUUCCACUUAGUGAAGAUGAGGCCAAAGUCUGCAUGGUCUACGAUCUGUAUCAGACCCUCACACCCACAUCAACCGCGUAUGCCCGAGCAAGAGGGGCCGAUAGGAUGUCGUCAUUUGGUGACUUUGUGGCGUUAUCUGAUGUUUGUGAUGUCCCUACCGCCAAAAUUAUCUCCAGAGAGGUAUCUGAUGGUAUUGUUGCCCCAGGAUAUGAAGACGAAGCUUUGAAAAUACUUUCUAAAAAGAAAAAUGGGAACUACUGUGUUCUUCAGAUGGACCAGUCUUACAAUCCAGAUGAAAAUGAAGUUCGAACUCUCUUUGGUCUUCAUUUAAGCCAGAAGAGAAAUAAUGGUGUCAUCGACAGGUCGUUAUUUAGCAACGUUGUUACCAAGAAUAAAGAUCUGCCAGAAUCCGCGCUCAGAGACCUCAUCGUGGCCACCGUUGCCGUCAAGUAUACUCAGUCUAACUCCGUGUGCUACGCCAAGAACGGCCAGGUCAUCGGCAUUGGAGCAGGACAGCAGUCUCGGAUACACUGCACACGCCUUGCAGGGGACAAGGCAAACUCGUGGUGGCUCAGACAUCAUCCACGGGUGCUUUCAAUGAAGUUUAAAACUGGGGUGAAGAGAGCGGAAAUCUCCAAUGCCAUCGAUCAGUAUGUUACUGGAACCAUCGGCGAGGAUGAAGAUUUGGUAAAGUGGAAGGCACUCUUUGAGGAAGUCCCUGAAUUAUUAACCGAGGCAGAGAAGAAGGAAUGGGUUGACAAGCUGAGUGAAGUUUCUAUCAGCUCUGAUGCCUUCUUUCCUUUCCGGGAUAAUGUAGACAGAGCUAAAAGGAGUGGUGUGGCGUACAUCGCUGCUCCUUCCGGUUCUGCAGCUGACAAAGUUGUGAUUGAGGCGUGCGACGACCUGGGAAUAAUCCUGGCUCAUACGAAUCUCCGGCUCUUUCAUCACUGAUUCCGUCACGUGAUAUCUUAUGGCUUGCUCGUGUGUCGGGGGAAAAUCAUGUGUGACGUUGUGAAAAAACCUUUAAAAACAAUAAAACAUUAAAUCUUAAUCCCGGAUCCAGAG